AGAAAGUAAAAGCUAGCUGCAGUCAGUGUUUGUAACACCACACUGUUAACGUCGCUGGACAAAAGAACCUCAUCAACUGUGAUUUAAAUCUUAAUAUUCAAGGAAAUAAUGAUCUUCUAUCUGUAAGAAAAUCUGCCAACACUCCACAAGAGUCUUCCAGACAUCAUGUCCCUCCUUUAUAUUUCCAUCUUAUGGGUCUGUGCCUGUGUGGACAGUGCAGAAUCUCUGGUUACUGUAUCAGCUCCAGUGGGUUCCACAGUCAUCCUGCCGUGUAACCUGACUGAAGAGUUCAAACCAACAUCAGUUAUUACGUGGAAGAUCAAUAAUAAGCUUGUGUUUGUGAGAAGCAGUGAUGGUACAUAUCAGGGUAAAGGAUAUGAGGGUCGUGUGGACGUUCCUGAGGACGAGCUGCUUAAAGGAAACUGUUCCCUGGUGAUGAAGAACAUCAGAUUUAGUGAUAAAAGAAUCUACAGCAGCUCCAUGAUUAAAGACAUACAGGAAUCUGUCUUGGUCCAGAAGGUUAAACUGUCAGUUGUUGAGGUCAGUGUUAAUGAGAGAGGAUCUUCAUCAAAGGGUUCAGACUCACACCAGACUGGAGGGAACAAGUGGAUUAUUUCAUGUGUUGUGAUCGUAAUCUUCAUCAUCAUCAUCAUCAUCAUCUGUGUGUCUGUGUACUGCUGCUGUGUGAAAGGUUUCAGUUGUGUCACCACCUCCACUGAACAGAUGAUCUGCUCUGAUCUCAUCAUGGAUUUCAUCUUAAACUUCAUCACUGCACCACUGAGCUGAUGUUCAUCUCUGGAGCUUCAUCACCAUGUCAGGAUCUUCUGAUUUACUGCAGAACUCUCAGAUCACACAUCAUGGACCAUCAGUUACUCUUCUAUCUAACCUGACUUGGUCUUGGUCAUGUGAUGUUACACUAAAUAAUGAACUGUGAACAGCUUUAAUUUUUACUUUUAUAUUUUUAUUUGUUGUUUUAUUUUCAUGUAGUUUGUUGUGUUUACAUUGCAGCAGUGGACACAGUAUGUACAAUGGCUGAAGUCAUGUGUAGGAACUUUAUAGUUGAGGAGGAAUCUGGGUUCAGCUCCUCUCAGUAAUAUAAAUUAAUAUAAUGUACUGCUACUGAAGUUUUAUUACAGGGGAGUUUCUUUUUACUAAAUAUUUACUUUUUAAGAAUAUAAUAAGAAGAAAUAAUUGUGUGCAAGUGUGUGUCUGUGUGUGUACUGCAUAGGAGAUAUGUGCUAGUGGCUAACAGAUUCAUAAGAUGAAGUUUUUAUUUUUGUCACAUCUACAUUACAGCACAGUGAAAUUAUUUCUUCAUAUAUAUUAUUUUGUCCCAUAACUUUGUUUGAGGUCAGCCAAUAUCAUGGCAUUCCCUAAACAAACUACUUAUAGAGAGAUGCCUCACUGCCACAGACUACUGAAUCAUUCUGGCAGACCAACACCACUUUGAGGCGUUUUACAGGAGCAGGUCAGGAAACUGCCACAAAAAUAACUUGGCCACUGUUCUGAUGGAGAAAUGGCUCAAAAUCCCUCUGGCUACUGUGCAGGAUUUGUAUCUGUCAUUCACUGUUGUGAAUUAGACUUGUUUUUUUAGACUUGUUGUGCACUCAUCCAUGUGUGUUUGAAUCCUUUCCAUAAGAUGAGUUAUGUAAGUUUUCUAUUGUAUAGUUUAUUGAAUCUGAUGGGUUGUAUACUUGUCAUUAGUAGGUUUACAGAUACUAUGUUUGACGUUGUAUGACUUCCAGCUUUAUUAUUAUUAUUAUUGUUAUUUGUGAGCCUGAUUUCUCUGUUGUAUUGUUUGUAGUGACCAGAACACCAUCUUUACCAUCCUAUGUAUCCUAAGCAUUCCGCUUAUCCUGUGAAACCUGUGUACUGUGCAUCCAGUUUUAUUGUCAACAAGAAUAAAUGAGAGUAAGUGGAUUAAGUUGUUCUGUGUUU